AUGGAGACUGUUGACGUGACAGUCAUCGGAGCGGGAUGGAGUGGUCUCGCUGCCCUCAAGACCUACCACCAGGUCGACCCCUCCGCCUCGAUUGUGCUAUUCGAGAGCGCGGCCUCGGUCGGCGGCGUCUGGGCCAAGCACCGCCUGUAUGCCGGCCUCAAAUCCAACAACAUGCUGGGCACCUAUGAGUUCAGCGACUUCCCCAUGGACGCCUCGUUCGGCGUCCAGCUCGGCCAACAUAUCCCGGGCACCGUGAUCCAACAGUACAUGGAGCGCUUUGUCGAGCACUUUCAGCUCAGCGAGUUCAUCCGCCUGAACACGCGCGUGCGCAUCGCGGAACAUAAUUCCGACGGGACCUGGACCCUGACCAUCGACGACACCGACGGCGAGAAGACCGUCGUGAGCAAAAAGCUCAUCGUCUGCACCGGCAUCACCUCCCAGCCCUACAUGCCCACUAUCACCGGCCAGGACACCUUCGAUGCACCGCUCUUCCACUGUCGCGACCUGCCCCAGCACCAAGACGCCGUCCUGCAACCCAACAAGCGCAUCACCGUCCUCGGCGGCACCAAAUCUGCCUGGGACGCCGUCUACGCCGCCGCAACCGCCGGCGCCCACGUCGACUGGAUCAUCCGCGACAACGGCCACGGCCCCGUCUGGAUGGCCCCGGCCUACGUAACCCCAUUGAAGAAAUGGCUCGAGAAGCUCGUCACCACGCGCCUCCUCACCUGGUUCAGCCCCUGCAUCUGGGGCGACGCCGACGGCUGCAGCCCCAUCCGCAACUUCCUGCACGGCACCUGGCUCGGCCGCAAAAUCGUCGACACCUUCUGGUCCAUCCUGGCCAACGACGUGAUCACCCUGAACAAAUACGACUCCCACCCUGAAACCAAGAAACUCAAACCCUGGUUCAGUCCCUUCUGGAUCGCCUCAGGCCUCAGCAUCCUCAACUACCCAACCAACUUCUUCGACCUUGUCACCGAAGGCAAAGUGCAAAUCCACAUCGACCACAUCACCCACCUCACUCCCAAAACCAUCCACCUCGCCUCCGGCACCCAAAUCCAAUCCGACACCCUCAUCUGCGCCACAGGCUGGCAAGCAACCCCCAACAUCGACUUCCGACCCUCGACCCUCUCCCAAACCCUCGGCUUCCCCUGGGCCGAAGACCCCAUCCCCCAAUCCGUCAUCCAACAAGCCGACGCAGAGAUCCUCUCCCGCUUCCCACGACUGGCCACCCCACCCCCCAAACCAGCCAACUAUGCCCCCCUCGCUCCCGACGCCCCAGCAGCAGCAAAACACCCCUUCCGUCUCGCCCGCUUGAUGAUCCCCCCCGCCCUCGCAAAUACCAGGUCAAUCGCCUUCAUGGGUCUCGCAAUGACAAUCAACACCACCAUGCUCGCUCAAGCCCAAGCCCUCUGGAUCUCAGCCUAUUUCACCGAAAACCUCACCCCUGCCCCGCGAGAACAGUGUCCCCCUCAUCUCCGGAAGGUGCUCGAGCAGGAUAAUGCGGAUGUCGAUGCAGAUCUCGUCUGGGAAACAGCCCUGCAUUCGCAGUUCGGGGUGCAUCGCUACCGCGGUGGGUUUGGGAAACGGAACCCGGAUUUCGUGUUUGAUGCGGUGCCAUAUGUGGAUUUGUUGUUGAGGGAUUUGGGGCUGGAUUAUACGAGGAAGGGCGGGUUGAAGUGGUUGGAGCCGUAUGGGGUAGAGGAUUAUAGGGGGUUAGUGGAAGAAUGGAUUGAUAGUAAGGAAAAGGUGGGGAAGAAGGAUAAUUGA